CUAAAUUCCUCUUACUAUUUAAAUCUAAAAUCAUAAACAAAUAUCAAAAGUGAUCCCUACCUAGCAUUAAAAUAUUCAUUUUCAUCUCCUUCUCUCUCUCCCUCUCCCUCUCUGUCUCUCUUGUAUAUGUGUAUAUAUAUAAUCGGAAUCGCCCCCGCCAUGUUCAUAUAUUCAUAGCCUUCUGAUUAGUUCAAACUUCUUAACAAAUAAUAUAUCUAUUUCUUUUGAUUUCUUGUAAGCAACAAUGGUCGUGCCUUCUCCAACUCCAAUGCGCACCAAGAAAACCAGAGCAUUAGGUAUUCCCACCAUUGAUCUUUCUCUUCAUGAUAGGUCAAUUAUUUCUGAGCUGAUCGUAAGAGCAUGCGAGGAUUAUGGCUUCUUCAAGGUCGUUAAUCAUGGGGUUAAUAAGGAGGUCGUGGCAAGAUUGGAAGAGGAAGGUCUUGAUUUUUUUGCAAAACCAGCCGCAGAAAAGGAACGUGCUGGACCUGCUACUCCUUUCGGCUAUGGCUGCAAGAACAUCGGCUGCAAUGGCGAUGUGGGUGAACUUGAAUUUCUUCUCCUUCAAACGAAUCCUGCCUCCAUUUCUGAGCGAUCAAGAACCAUCUCCAGUUCUGACCCUGCAAAAUUCAGUUGUGCUGUGAAUGAUUACGUAGAAGAAGUUAGAGAAUUGGCAUGUGAGAUUCUUGAUCUAUUGGCAGAGGGAUUAUGGAUGGAAGAUAAGUAUGUGUUCAGUAGGCUAAUGAGAGACGUCCAUAGCGAUUCUGUGCUUAGGGUUAAUCACUAUCCAGCGGUCAAAGAAGUCAAGGAUUGGGACCCAUCACCUAAAAGGAUUGGAUUCGGUGAGCACUCUGACCCUCAAAUCUUGACCAUCUUACGAUCCAACGAUGUUGCGGGCCUCCAAAUUUGCCUGCGUGAUGGUUUGUGGGUCCCUGUCCCUCCUGACCCCACUGGAUUUUUCUUGAUUGUUGGAGACGCGUUACAGGUUUUGACGAAUGGGAGGCUUGCUAGCGUGAGGCACAGAGCAGUGGCGAACUCGACGAAGGCAAGAAUGUCAACGAUGUACUUUGGGGCACCACCACUAAAUGCAUGGAUUUCUCCUCUGCCAGAGAUGGUGUCACCCCAAAAUCCCAGCCAAUAUAAGCCCUUCACCUGGGGUGAAUUCAAGAAAGCUGCUUACUCUCUGAGACUAGGGGAUACCCGUCUUGACCUCUUCAAGAUUCAUGCCACUGAUCAUAAAAUUGGGUCAUGAUUCCCGAUCAUCCAUCAUACGCUUAGAAUUAUAUAUAUAUAAUACAUACUGUCUCUAGAAUUAAUGCACCAAAUGCAUUCUGGACCAACCAAAAAAAAAAUGGAAAUUCUUUUGUAGCUGUAAAUAGGCCACAAUUGAAAGGUAUGGUAUCCUAUCUUGAUUGUCAGUUUUUCUUUUCUUUCUUUUUGGGCUAGAUGUGGUAUGUUGUUAUCCUAUGGGAGAUAGCUAAGAGUACGUUUAUUUAGCUUAAUUAGCGUAUGAAAUUUAGAUUGUGCUCACUUUGUGCAAAGAAAACUCUAAAUUAAUUAGUAUAUAUCUAUAAUAUUUCUUUUUUUUUU